AUGUCGCUCAUUUUUAGGACUACGAAGUCGCCCUUUCUCCUCUUCUUCUUCAUUCUAACUACAAUUCUCUUUGACAUCAGCCCCGUGUGCCUGGCCUCGAAUGAGGCAGCACGAGAUGUACUCUACGGAGCAGUCAUCACUCAUUGUGCGGUUCCCGGCACCGUGGCUCUCACCUUCGAUGACGGACCAGGCAUGUACACUCCGCAACUCCUCGACCUCCUCAGCGAGUACGGUGCGCGCUCCACCUUCUUCGUCAAUGGCUACCAGCUCUCCAAUCACCACGACAUCCUGGUCCGCACCCUGAACGAAGGACACCAGAUUGGUUCUCACACGUACGAUCACGCUCGUCUGUCCGCUUUACCAUACAGCGAGGUUAUCGAACAAAUGCGCCGGCUGGAAGCAGCAUUAUACGACACUCUCGGCGUGGUUCCGACGUACAUGAGACCGCCCUAUCUCGCCAUCAAUGGAGAAGUCCUCGCCGCGAUGGGCGAACUGGGAUACCAUGUGAUCAGCACAAGCGUGGAUACCAAGGACUAUGCGCACGACCAUCCGGACUUGAUCCCGAGGAGCUUCACGAGAUUCCUGGAGGGUCUGAAUGCUGGAGGUUCGGUGGUUUUGGCCCACGACACCCAUGAGCAGACCGUGGCAACGUUGACACGGGCGAUGCUGGAUGAGAUUGUAGCCAGGGGGCUCAUUCCUGUCCCGGUGGGAGAAUGCUUGGGAGACCCGGAGUAUAAUUGGUAUCGUUAA